ACCAGGGGAUUCCCGAUGUGUGGAGUAACUAUAACCCCCCCCCCCCCCCGCCGCCCCCGCAGUGGCCAGGUGAUCCCCAAGGUGGAGUACACAGCGGAGGAGAAGACCACCUGGGGCACUGUCUUCAUGGAGCUCAAGACGCUGUACCCGACUCACGCCUGCCGCGAGCACAACCGCGUCUUCCCCCUGCUGGAGAAGUACUGCGGCUACAGGCAGGACAACAUCCCUCAGCUGGAGGAGAUCUCCCGCUUCCUGCAAUCGUGCACGGGGUUCCGUCUGCGGCCCGUGGCCGGCCUGCUGUCCUCCAGGGACUUCCUGGCCGGGCUGGCGUUCCGCGUGUUCCACUCCACACAGUACAUCCGCCACGCAUCCAAGCCCAUGUACACGCCCGAACCGGAUAUUUGCCACGAGCUGCUCGGCCACGUUCCACUGUUUGCUGAUCCCAGCUUUGCACAGUUCUCCCAGGAGAUAGGUCUAGCGUCUCUGGGAGCCCCCGACGAGUUCAUCGAGAAGCUCGCCACCGUGUACUGGUUCACUGUGGAGUUCGGUCUGUGCAAACAGGGCACUGAGAUCAAGGCAUACGGCGCUGGCCUGCUCUCGUCGUUCGGAGAACUCCAGUAUUGUUUGACGGACAAACCCCAGCUCUGCCCCUUUGAGCCGGCGAAGACCAGCCUCCAGAAAUACCCGAUCACUGAAUUCCAACCCGUGUAUUUUGUGGCUGAAAGCUUCGAGGAUGCCAAGGAGAGAGUCAGGAAAUUUGCCGCUACUAUUCCCAGGCCUUUCACGGUGCGCUACAACGCCUACACGCAGAGCAUCGAGGUGCUGGACAACACCCAGCAGCUCCGCAACCUCGCUGAAAACAUCAACAAUGAGAUGGGCCUUCUGUGCAACGCCUUGAAGAAGUUGGAGUGAACAUUGUAGCCUACCUUGUCAUACUGCAUGCUUUUAGAUAGCAGGCUUGACGGCGAUGAUGAGUGAUGACUCGACGCAGAGGCGCAGUCAUUGUCUUCUGUCCAUUGAUGCGCCAAAAGCUAUAAUUGUGAACACAUGAGCCAGUUGUUCAAUGUUUAACCUUUUGACAUUUUGAGAUGACUGUAAAUAUAACCAAUCAGGCUACUAAUGAGUCUCCUUUGAAGAUUAUUUCUUUCUUUCAUAAAACCACUGCGUCAUCGUAUUUUAUACCAGCCUAUAUAAUCAUAAUAUUUUAGCCACCCAUUUAUCUGACGUAGGCCUAGUUUUAUAACCUUAUAUAUUAGAAGAGAGAAGUAGAUUAGAUGGCUUUUCCGUUGCCGCAGUCGAACCUAUAAAUAGCCAAUUAUUGACGAUGUUUAUUAUGUUUUCUUUUGAAUGCAUGUACUGUGAAAUUGAUAAAACAAAUAAACAUAUUAAGGACUCGUGUGAAUUUGUUUGAACUUCUGU